AUGGAGAGGCUAGGUUUUGGGGUGAAAUGGAGGAGGUGGAUUGAGUUCUGUAUUUCGUUAGUGAGAUUCUCGAUGUUGGUGAAUGGGGCUCCGUCUGGCUUCUUUGGCAAAUCUCGGGGCUUGAGACAAGGGGAUCCUCUUUCUCCUUUUCUGUUCAUUAUUGUUAUGGAGGCUCUUAGCAGGUUGAUGAGGAGGGCUGUGGAUUUGGGAUUCAUUAGGGGCUUCAGGGCUGUUUCAGCGGUGCUUGGGUGUGGGAUCUCCUCUUUCCCUAUUUCUUAUUUGGGCUUGCCUCUGGGUUCACCGUCGAGAAGGGUGAGGGGUUGGGACCCUGUGGUUGAGAGGUUUGAGAAGAGACUUGUUGGGUGGAAGAAGCAGUAUCUUUUGAAGGGCGGGAAGGUCACCCUUAUGAAGAGCACAUUGGCGAGUCUUCCCACAUACUUCCUCUCUCUUUUUAGAUCUCGGCCACCGUGGUUGAAAGAAUUGAAAGGCUUCAACGGAACUUCCUUUGGGGCGGGUUAG